CUUGGAGUUCCUGAAGCACUUUGGAGCACCCAAACGUUGAUUGAUAUUCUCUGAUUAUUUUUAAUGAAGAAAGUGUGAUGAAAUAGUGAUUAUUAGUGGUAAUUCAGUAAUUGAGGCAGUGAAAAUGCCAGGACAGGACUCUGUGGUCGUUCCACCACCUCCAAUCGAGGGAGAAGAGGUUGCACCUUCAUCGCAGCCCAUCGUCGGCAUCAUCUAUCCUCCUCCGGAGGUUAGGAAUAUCGUCGACAAGACCGCGAGCUUUGUUGCCAGGAAUGGUCCAGAGUUCGAGUCGAGAAUUCGUCAGAACGAGGCAGGAAACGCGAAAUUUAAUUUCCUGGUGUUCGGUGAUCCAUAUCACGCGUAUUACCAGCACAAAGUGAAAGAAUUUAAAGAGGGAAGAGGACAGGACCACAUCAGUACAGUGGGUACAGUAAGAGGAGUGACCUUGAGCGCUCACCAGAAGCAGCAGGAGAUCCUGAAGCAGGUGGAACAGCCAUUUAUCCCGAAGGAUCCACCAUGUGAAUUCGAAUUCAUCGCAGAUCCCCCAUCAAUCUCAGCCCUUGACCUUGACAUCGUAAAACUCACCGCCCAAUUUGUCGCCAGAAAUGGCCGUCAGUUCCUGACAAAUCUUAUGAACCGAGAGCAAAGAAAUUUCCAAUUCGAUUUCCUUCGCCCCCAGCACUCGCUGUUCCAGUACUUUACAAAACUCCUGGAGCAGUACACAAAAGUGCUGAUACCCCCGAAGGAUCUGCUGCCUCGCCUUCGAGAUGAAACAACAUCGAUGGACAGUAUCCUUGACCAGGUGAAGUAUCGAUCAGAGUGGCUGAAGUACCAGGAGGCCCAACGUCGAAAGGAAGAGGAAGAGCUAGAGCGUGAGAGAGUGGCAUACGCCCAGAUCGAUUGGCACGACUUCGUCGUCGUGGAGACAGUGGAUUAUCAGCAAUUCGAAGUUGGCAAUUUCCCAGCGCCAACAACACCCGACGAAGUAGGCGCCCGAGUUCUGAUGCAGGAGAGAAUCGAGGAUGGUGACGACGUGGAGAUGCAAAUUGAGUCAGAUGGUGACGACGAGAUGCCCCAGAGGACUGAAAACGACAGGGACAGAUCAGCCAAGGACAACAAUCAGGUCCAGGACAUGGAGGAGGAUUCAAGCGACGAGGAGACACCCAACGAGCCCCAGAGCGAUGCCAGAGGCAGGGGAACGAUGCAACCACCUCCACUACCUCCAGCACCUGGUAACGUAAUCAUCAGGAAGGGAUACGAUCCGAAACAGCACAGCCAGAAAUCCAGGAGUAUUGCCUCUGAUGUGAUCCUCGUUUCACCGCUCACUGGUGAAAUACUCGGGAAAAAAGUCGAGGAGCACAUGCACAUUGGACUCCUCGACUCACGCUGGGUCGAGCAGAGGGACAAACACCAGGAGAAAGUCGAUCAGGAAUCUGUUUAUGCAUCUGGAGCUGCUGUCAAUGCCUCAUUAAAACACUUGGCUGAGAGGCGUACUGAUAUCUUUGGUAUUGGUGAUGAAGAGACAGCUAUUGGUAAAAAAAUCGGAGAAGAGGACACCAGGAAGGAUGACAAGGUCACCUGGGAUGGACAUACGUCCAGUGUUGAAGCUGCCACCAGAGCUGCCAGGGCGAAUAUCACAUUGGAGGAACAAAUCCAUCAGAUUCACAAGGUGAAGGGUCUCCUCCCAGACGAGGAAAAGGAGAAAAUCGGUCCAAAACCGGUGACGAGUCGAGCAGCGGAGCUGACACACAUGGCAGCGGUUGCAGCGAAACCCCAGGCGACCCUGAAGGCACCACCAAAGCCCCCAGUGCCAAAACCCAUUCAGGUGCCCCAACAGCCGCCCCCACCGACGAUGACGAUGCACAUGGGAAUGCCCCAGGCCCCCAUGAUGCCACCCCAGCCCCCAAUGAUGAUGAUGGCGCCGAUGCCACCGAUCAGGCCUCCCCCACUGAUGACUCCAUCGAUGUCACCAUUUAUGCCAGCACCACCAGUGAUGCAGCCACCCAUUCCCCAGCCCAUGGGAAUGAAGCAUCCUAUGGAGGCACCCCCUGAGGAGGAGUCACCAGCGAAAAAAGCCAAGACCGAGGACUCUCUCAUCCCUGAGGCCCAGUUCCUGGCGAGGCAUAAGGGGCCUGUUCAACUCAGUGUUGUGGUUCCUCUAAUGACUGAUAAACCUGAUUGGAAACUCAAUGGACAGACUCUCAGCAUCACUCUUCAGCCUAAUGAUACCAUUGCCACUCUCAAGGCCGGUAUUUGUGAGAUCAUUGGCAUGCCACCUGGCAAGCAGAAGAUUCAGACCGAGGGAAUCUUCUGCAAGGAUCUCAAUUCACUGGGGUAUUAUAAUCUCAGCAGUGGAUCGGUUGUUAAUCUGUUGCCCAAGGAGAGGGGAGGCAGGAAAAAGUAAUUCACUGGAAUUUUUAAUUUCAUUCGGUGUGAAAAAGGAAUUCGUUGGGGGAAUUCUGAUUUCUUGAUUUUCAUUAAUUGUUCAGUGAAUUUGGAUUUUGAUUAAUAAAUUUUGGUUUUAUCGA